CGGAGAAGGGAUGAGCCGGAGAGAAUCGGGGCUUUAUCCGGCUCACGCCCGCUGUGGACUGAGCCUGAUAAGCCGAGAAUCACCAUAGUCUGACGACAGGGUGUCAAGACAAGAAUAAAGUCGAGGACAACUCAGACCACUGGUGGAGGCGUUCGACGAGAAAGCAAGGCUUUCAGCCGGGAGUCGAGGUGGAGGUGGAGGGGUUGGGGAGCGGAGCCGGAAAUAGGAAACUACAGCUCACAGAAGGCGUAGCGGCAAGGUCCCGCAUGCUGGGGUCGUGAAGCCUGAUGGGAAAGGUAGUUUUGCGACCGACUUAACCUAGAGGUUAGCGAGGUUGGAAGUUCUGAGGCCCGGGGCUCCCGGAGUCGGAGAGAGAUGGAACUGGAGCAGAGAGAAGGGGACUGGGGUCCGUACUCGAGCAUCCUGGGGGAAAAGGCUACGGGUCUAGACUCCUGGAUCUGACAGGCGAGGCGGUUGGAGGUCAGGACUCCUGGGUCUGAGUGAGGGCUUGGGGGACUCGAACUCCCCGUGGGACUCGGGAAGAAGGGGUCUGGACUCCUCGAUACUGGGAAGCGGGUGCUGGGGCCCUGGACUCCUGGAUCCUGGGAGGAAGGGGUCGGGGCUCGAACUCUUCUGGAUCCUGGGAAUGGUGGGCUGGGGGCCUCGGACUCCUGCAUCAGAGAGAGGAGGAGUCUGGGAGUUGGGCUCCUGGUCUGUGGGAGGAGGGACUAAGGGCUAGGUAUUCAGGGUCCCUGAGCCCACUGACUCUACAGGACCAUGGCAUCUGUGGGCUUUGAAGAGUUCUCAGCGCCGCCAGGCUCAGAGUUGGCGCUGCCUCCUUUGUUCGGUGGUCACAUCCUGGAGAGCGAGCUUGAGACAGAAGUGGAGUUUGUGUCUGGGGGUCUGGGUGGCUCCGGGCUCCGGGAGCGAGAUGAAGAGGAAGAGGCAGCCCGGGGCCGGCGGCGGCGCCAGCGGGAACUAAACCGCAGGAAGUACCAGGCGCUAGGUCGACGCUGCCGGGAGAUCGAGCAGGUGAACGAGCGGGUCCUGAACAGGCUCCAUCAGGUACAGAGGAUAACUCGGAGACUCCAGCAGGAGCGGAGGUUCCUCAUGAGGGUGCUGGACUCCUACGGUGAUGACUACCGCGCCAGCCAGUUCACCAUCGUGCUGGAGGACGAGGGCAGCCAGGGCACAGACGCCCCCACCCCAGGCAACGCUGAGAACGAGCCUCCAGAGAAAGAGGGGCCGUCCCCGCCUAGAAGGACGCCCGCACCCCCAGAACCUGGCAGCCCGGCCCCUGGCGAGGGGCCCAGCGGGCGGAAGAGGCGGCGAGCACCCCGGGACGGCCGCCGAGUGGGAGCUGCGCUGACUCCAGAACUGGCCCCGGUGCAGAUCAAGGUCGAGGAAGACUUCGGCUUUGAAGCAGACGAGGCCCUAGACUCCAGCUGGGUUUCUCGGGGGCCUGACAAACUGCUGCCCUACCCAACCCUAGCCAGCCCCGCCUUUGACUGACACCCCCCCCCCACCGCAGUAAACCAAC